GCUUCUUCGCCCAUUUCCACUGCACUUCCAUUGGGGAACCGAAACCCCAAGACGGAGCGGCGAAUGCUUUUCCUCCGCUUUGGGAAUUCGGAGCUACUUUUAAUUUUUGGUGGUUAAAGAAGUAGAACAAAUUGGGGGGAAUCUCACCUUGAUCUCAAUCCUCACCCCAACCUAGUAGCCGUUUCCAUUCUCGUCCGAUAGCCGCCGGUGAAGAAUGAAGAGAUCGUAAGAGGAGUUGCAACGGAUUCAUUUCUGAUGCCGCAGUUGGAAUCGAGAGCAGGGAGUCGAAGAAGUGCAUGAUCGGUGAAAGGCAAGAGCGAAGAACAGAAGAAAGAAUCGAGCAAAAAAGAGUACAAGUGCCAGAAUCAGCGGUAAGCUAAUCUUUGAGAUGGCUAUUUCGAUCUUUAAAGUUUGGGUUUCUAUAUCUCUUCUGUUUCCUUUAUCUACAUUCAUGUAUGUUUACGGAGUCACCUUUCGAUCGAGCUAUGUCUGACAACUUCCCCUCCCUUCACUCUUCUGGCGUCCCUUCGUCCAUAUUGGGUUGCACAAGUACGAAGUGAGUUGGAUGUCUUUGAUCCCUUUGGGAGUCAAGAGGCGACAAUCCAUGUAAUGAAUGAGACAGUCUCCGUCCUCUCUCCAGUCUGGCUUAAAGAGAAGAAGGAAUUGGGGAAAAUCGCCGAAUCUCCUGAAAACCGCUGUAGAAUGGGAGGGGGGCUCUGCUGGUGGUGGUGGGAAACAGAAGGACAAGUUCGACGAUGCUGGCCUGCGUCGCGUGCUCCAAGCACGAGCAGGGAGACGGCGAGGACCAUUCGGCUGCACCUGCACCCAACAAACCAAGCUCCAGAGACGCCGUCAAAAGCCUCACAUCUCAGUUAAAGGACAUGAUGUUGAAGUUCUCCGGCACGCAUCGCCAUUGCAAAGGUAGCAGCUCGUCGUUGGGCAAGAGCAAGAGCCUCCACCAUCACCACUACCAUCACCGCAGCACCUACGUUGACAGAGACGUCGCCUCCGAUGCUGGCAGCCAAUCCGACUGCAUCGGGGCGGCAGGCAGCUCGAACUCGACGCCUGCAUGGGAUUUUUCGAGCUAUGGCAACAACAAAGUCGGCCUGCAUGAAGAGGAGGGAGGAGAGCAGGAUGUAGUAGCGCCGGAGGAGGAAGCAGAGCCCAAGGAGUGGAUGGCACAGGUGGAGCCCGGCGUCCACAUCACCUUCGUGUCCCUUCCCGGCGGCGCUGGAAAUGACCUCAAACGUAUCCGGUUCAGCCGGGAGAUGUUCAAUAAGUGGCAAGCGCAGAGGUGGUGGGGCGAGAACUACGACCGGAUCAUGGAGCUGUACAACGUGCGGAGUUUCAGCCGCCAGGCUUUCCCUAUUCCGCCCGGGUCCGACGAUGGCGGGAGGGAGUGGUCGUCAUCAUUCAACUCGAGGGAUGGGCCAUCCGCCCGCGAUCCACUAGUCAAAGAGCGGUUCACCACAAACACGUAUGUCCCACCGUCUACCUCCGGGGAAGCCGCCUACUGCCCGCCUGUCCCCGAUCCCUCCCAACAUCUCCUCCUCCCACAGUACUUCAAUCCCGCCGCCUUCGCUGCUGCUGCUUCUGCGGUUGGUGUCUCGGGAGUGAAGGUAGAGAGCUCCUCCAUGGACGCAUCGAGAACCACCACGUCAUCCAGAGCCUCCAUCUCCAUCAGCAAUGCCAGCGACCUCGACGUGACUGAGUGGGUGGAGAAUGACGAGCCCGGCGUUUACAUCACCAUCCGGGAACUGGCUGAUGGCACCCGAGAGCUUCGCCGCGUCCGAUUCAGCCGAGAAAGGUUCGGGGAGGUCCGCGCAAAGCAGUGGUGGGAGGAGAACAGAGAAAGAAUACAAGCUCAAUACCUGUGAUAUUUCUCCGGUUUUGGCGACUCUUAUCUGGUCGGCGAGGACGCGGUAACAGCUGACACCAUACCAACUGAUAGGGAAUAUACAUGAAAACAAGACUGUCGACGAGCACACCAUGCGUUUUGACUGCCUGCUGACUCGAACAUCCCCGGGGUGAGAGAUUUAUAUGGACCUCGUCUUGUCGCCUGAUUUAUGUAACAAAGGAUCGGUGCAGGGUGAAUCCAGGAACCGUCCCAUGGCUCAAGUACUGAAAGGCCUAUGGGAGUGGGUUCUUCCCUUCUCGUUGUUCGUUGAAAUGUGCGCAUGGUUUCCAGCGGCGAUGUCCGGGCGUUUUUGGCUGUUUUAUCUGGGACUACUUAUUGAGGGUAAUAUCAUUAGCGGAGUCGACGGAGAUUGGCCGAACGGAGGCCUUUGGUCUUAAUUCGUUCAUGUCCGCUAACAUCUGUUCAAUAUGGUCAAAGUCCUUAUUUAAGUUGAAGUUAAA